AUGUGUUAGUAUUGAGAUAAUUUUCAUAAACAUUUUUGUUGGCGUUCGUGCGUUAUUUUCUGCGUUAAUUAUUAACACUUAACGUGAAAUAAAAAUAAUGAAAGUAAAAAAUACAUAUAAUCAUGCCUAAAACAACCAAUAUCAAACGCGUAAGGGCACUUCCUGAAGGAAUAAUUAUGAAUGAUUAUUAAUGUCCAAUAAGUCUCUUCGACUUAAAAGUUUCAUUUGCAACGCGCGUGACGGCCACAUGCCGAUCUUUUAAUUCAAUACAGUUUACAAUAUAAUCUAUGAUAAAAUAAUACAAUAAACAAAUUCAGCGGUGACAAAGCUCACUUUUAACCCAAAAAAGGAAUAUUGAAAUCGGAACGAAAUAUACAUAAUUGCGAGAAAAUUGUACCAUCGGUCAAAAUACAGCCGCUCGUCGGCGGUAAAUGAAAACGCGUCAAUUGGCAAGUGAUGUGCGUCGGCCUUAAAAGUCAGCAAGCGCUGCAGUCGGCCUGAAAUGAAGCGGCGCGGCUCGGCCGUGAACAAUUCGUUAUAUUGGUGCGAGGUUUGACGUACCGGCACGGUACGUACGCGAGCAAAUUGUUUACGUAACGCCGGUAUAAGGCCUGCUCGGUGUUGGCAAGUUCGGUACCAGUUUCGCGCGCGAGUUACGCGACCAGCCGCACAGUGUCGCGUUGCGUCCAUAGCGAGUGAUCCUCGAUCCUCGAUUUUCGUUCCUUAACCUGUUAACUGCGAAAUUUACUAUAACGUUACGGGUUACCGACGUGUGUACACAUCGAACGCAGUUAACUGGUGAAACUCAGUUUCUCAUCUUCGAUUGGUAAUCGCGAUCGCGCCCGAUGCGUAUGCGUAGACGAUCGCAAACGUGUCUCCACGAUCGGCACGCCUUUAAACCUUACGUGACGGUCCGCGCUCGUUUAAAUUCGAUUUGGACCGCUAUGAGCCGUUGUCUCGUGAACCGUUCGAAUUCUUCGUCCCACAUACUUCAUGUGGCCUGAGAAGAGGGAUGCCGAUUAUGUUAACUGUGCCUAAGAAGACGGGGAGGCAGAUGUCUAUUACCAUUUCUGCAUAAAUGUAGGAAAUGUUGAUCAAAAUAAAUUAGAUUAUUGAAUAUAAAUUAAUAUAAAAUUAAGUGAAGUAAAUGAAAAAAAAUAUAUGAAUAAUACGAAAGGGAAGGGAUAUUAUGGCAUUGAAUAAUUGCGUUGGUGAUCGUGACAGUUAAUUUAAGCCAAUGCCAAAGAUCGGGGUGACUCCUGACGAGCGUUAGGGAUUAAUUAUAAGAAACUAUGAGUGCUACUUAAUAUUGACAGAUAUUUGUUACUGUUUUUAGAUGGAUGGGUAGGGUAUAAAUAAAAAGGAGGCCUAAUAAGUGGUGUAAAAUAAAAUAAAAUAAAUGGAAAAUGCUAGGAAAGGUUGAAGAAGAAAUAUGGUGAUUCAGUCAUUAAGAGGUAAUAAUUAUGAAUGGUAAUCUUAGUAGACGUCAAAGACCAAGAUAAUUCCAAGACAAAUGUAACGUGACGUAAGACGAAUUAUAAGAGACUAUAAGUACAGCCUAAUGUUGACAAUCGUCAUUGCUUUCAUUAAUUUUGUUCUUAUCUGAGCAAUUAAUUUUUUUUUUAAUCCGUCGCAUAUAAAUUCCGCGACUUUUGUAGAACUUUAAAUUCAGAGCCGUUAUUAAACGGGAAUCUAAAUGAACAAUGUUUAUAAAUUUAUGCAAUUCUUUCGUUCAGAAGAUUUUGUAUUGAAUGUGAUUCUUUGAUGUAUUAAGAUUCCAGAUGAAGUGUACAUAUUGUGAACCUGAAUCCAAAGCUGCGAUUUUGAUAUCAAUAAAUUAAAAAUCUAUGUCCUGUCUACUUAAUGGGAAAAUGAAGAAAGGUGGUGCACAGUAAAUGUACCUAUUAAACCGCGAAAUUCUUGUUGCAAAUCACUACUCUUUCAUAAACAACCUCUUGUAAAGUUCGAAAUAAUCGAUUAUAAGUAUCUUGUCUAUAGCGAGAUAAUAACUUUCUUUAAGUGUAACAUUCCAUUCUUAUAACAGAGUGUUAUGUUUCCAAGUUGAGAGUAUUCUAUACAUUAUAUAACUUUAUAUUUCAUUUUCUAUCGACGUGGUAAUAACUAAAAAUUGAAAAUAUAGAAUCGUGUAGUAAAUCCAAAGAAGACGUGGAAUUUAAUUCUAAACAUCAAUACCUCCUUCGAUGUCCUUUACGUUAUUUUUUUAAAUGUUACCUUCAUUAUUUCGCUUUCCUUCCUAUAAACGGUAAGGUGCACAAGGCAUUUUUCCCAGUACAAUGUUAAAAUAAAAUAUCACGUAUUGCAGAAAGGAACGGUGUUCGAAAAGAACAGUUAAUGGAAGCUCGAGUACCGGAAGUGAUUAUAGACAUUUAAAAAAAAAACACGGAGUCCAGAGCAAUUUUACCUGCGUCCUUGUGGUGAAAUAUGAAGUCACUCAUUAUCUCUAGUUGCUGGUGUAAAGGAGUACUCAAUACGAAGAAGAAGACAAUCACAUCGACAAGAGAUGACACAAGCCGAUAAAUGUAUAGAUGAAAGAUGUUCGUCACUGAACAAACUGGAACUACUUUCGACGAUUGUUUAAGUUUUGCCGCACCUUGCGAGUCUUUGUCAUCGUAGAAUUCUGCUAGCAGUCAUUCGAUCAAAAGAGAAUACAAAAGUGUGAUUGUUGAAAUUCAAACUCGUCCAGAAACGGAUUGAAAGUCGAAAAACAAGGUCAAGAGAAACUUGGAAUUCUACAUAAAAGUAAUAUCUUCGCAUAAUACAAUUGACUUGGAUAUAUAAUUUGCUGAAUUACCAGAAUAAAAUUAUCUUAUCCGCAAGUAUAUCUGUGCCUUUAUCAAUGAAUAUACUCCGUGAUAGUUCAAAUACCAUGCUGGAGCAGAGACGAACUAACAGUCGUCGUUUCAUAGCUUGACAAGGGCAAAAAGAAAAGUAGAAUUGUAAACCUGUAUAGUAUACAUAGUACACUUGCAUUCAAUUGGCUACACGUGGAAUUGAGAUUAAAAUAUCAGUGAAUAUAUCUAUGCUUGGUCGAGAAGAAAGUUGCUUCGGACAUUUAAUUCAUUGAGAUUGGUGGAAUCCAGUGAGCUCAUUAGUGAAAUAUAUUCAUGUCAGUACCAGUGAAUAUACAACGAUCUUCAUGAUAUAUAUAAUAUGAAUGAAGUAAAGCAAGUGUGGACGAGCUUGAGAUCACCCAGAUCCUCUGCUCUGUUUCCCAGCACAAGCUCAAGUACUAUUUGGUACGACGUACCAUUACCAAUGAUAGUGCACGAAAGGGAAUUUCAGGAACAGGCGAUGGCCUCUCAAAAGAAAUCCGAAGAGACCUCCGAAAACAUCAAAGCCGAGGGGACAGGCAAUUGUUCCGAUGGGACUACGUUUCCAAACGAGGUCUUAUACCAGAACAACGUAGAGGCGGCACUAAACAGUCUCACCAAGGUUUGCACUCACCCCUUGAAGAGGAAUGAUCAAUCGGACGAUGAAAAGAUCUCGAAAAACACCACUGAAGACGUCAAAGAAAUGAAAGAAAACGCUGGUAGAAGAAGACACAGCUCCAGUGUGGAAUUAACAGCAACUUCUUCGGUGAGGACCGAUAGCGAGGGUAUGCCCGUACUAAGCUUCAGCUUCCUGAAAGCCGAAGAAAGUGCCAAAAAUGCACGGAUCGUCCAAGGAAAUGAGGACGUCAAGGACGAGGUCAAAGAUAAAAAAGAUCUGCAAAAUGAUUUAUAUGACUUCCCUAAAAGCAGGGAGAGGGUUUCUAGCGAUGGAUUGUCGUCACCUAGUCACGCUGAGGGUUCCAAAAAAGAGAGGAAUCUCACCAGGGAAGGUAACUGUGGAGAAGCUGGAACGCACCAUGAGGACAUCGUGGAGAAUGCAGAUGACGAAUUGUACGAUGUACCAAAGCUACAUGUAAGUCACGAGAGUAGAGUCAGUGCCGAUGACAUUUCAUCAGAAGAUGUGACAAGUGCUGGGAAAAAGAACGAUGACGUCCAUAGAGGCUCUCAGCUGAAGUCUAGGUCUCUUCAUGAUGUAACCUCGAUUUCAGGUUCGAUUUCUGAUUCCGAAUGCUUGGAGCACCGAUCGUUCAGCGGAAAACACAGGGAAAAAAAGCUGAAGAGGCAAAAGAAGAAACUAGGAAAGGCUUGGGGUAAAAUGCGGAGCUGGCUAAGGGAAGAAAAACUGAGACUGGGUGAAGUGGUGAACAAGCACGCAAGAAUGCAGGCUGUGGGUGCUCUUCGAGAUGUUGAGUUCAGUCAGAAGAUCAUGAAGAGGGCUCAAAGCUGCUCCUACGAUUUGACCAAGACCAGGAGACUCGUGGUGGGUUCCAUCACGAGGGUCGAAGAGUUUGGGCUGUCUUCGGUGUCCGAAGAGGGUAAUGCCUCAGACCCUGAGAGACCGGAAGACUGUUCCUUCGAAAGGAUCUCUGGAAAAUCCCCCGAUCUCGUCGAGGUGCAUCCUUUGGAAAGUGCAGAUGAGAGAUUUUCGAAUCGGGAUGAAGUGAAGAAUCCGUCUUCGAAGCUGCUCAGAAAAAAAACUGUUAGCUCGGAGAACGUUUCGUCUGAAACCAAGAUGAACCUAACUCCGAUAUCCUUCAGCAUGGAUGAGUUAUCAGUGGAUCGCAAAAGAGACGAGGAUAACGAACGAGUUACCGCAGUGGAUCGAGAAAGCAGAGAAUUGACUGGAAAAACUGGACCUAUUAGGAAGAGGAUGCUGGGUUCCAUUCGAGGACUCAUGGCGUCUACUCAUCUCCUGCAGACUCAUGAUGCUGAAGAGGGAGGCCAAGGGGGGUUCGAUGAAAUUCGCCGGUACGUGAAGCAAGGCGGUGACUUUUGCAAAGAACUAGCUGCGAUUUUGCACGAAAGGGCGGAACUGGAAGCCUCCUAUGCCAAAGGUCUGAGCAAACUCAGCGGUAAAUUGACGAAAGCGUGCACGAAAGAUCAAGGCGGCAACAGUGCUGGAGACGUCAAUGAAGCUUGGAGAUGCGUCGGCGAAGAGAUGGAAGCAGCUGCGGAGGCUCAUAGAAUCUGGGGCAUUGCUUUAAGCGAACAACUGGCCAAACCGUUAAGGGUGGGUGUUGCAGAGGCUCAAGGACGUUCUCGUAAAUCCAUAGAGAAUUCCGUAGACAAAGCUUCAAAAUCGCUGCAAGAAUGGCGAGGGAUUGCUUCCAAGAGCAAAAAGCAAAGCUUCGCCUGCGCCCGCGAAAACGAGAGGCUGCAAGAUCUCGCCCGCCUUCAAUCGAUCGGCCAGAGCCAACAGAACAACAAAUCGUCGAACCAUCACCUCACAGAAAAGGAAGUUAAUAAAUUGGAAACUAGGAGAAGAAAGGCGGAGGACUCUUCGAGGCGAGCCGAUACUGAAUUUUAUACCGUCAGUGUGAGGUCCGAGAGAGCCCGGUUAGAAUAUGAAAGCACCGUCAGAAAAGGUGCGAAGCAAAUGGAGCUGCUUGAAGAAGAGAGGCUGAGCGCAUUAAAGGACCUGGCCAACGUUUACUUAGCACAUUUACAAGCCCUUGCGCCACGUUUACAGCAGAGUGCGGAUCGACUGUCAACUCCAAUUCGCAACUGCAACGUGUCUCAUGACGUGGAGAUCUUGAAGAGUCUAAUCCGCAGGGUAGACAGUAACGAUGCAUCCAAUGCCGAGCAACUUCUGCCGGACUUCUACGCCGAGCACGUAACCCUAGCUAUGAACAGAGAACGACGAAAACAAGCAUUAGUUAGAGUUUUACAUCUGAUCAGGCAGGAUUUGGAAAGGGAAAGACGCGGCAGGGAGGGCCUGGAGACUUUACAUCGAGCUUUCAUACAGACUCCAGCGUUUGCUGCCGACGAGAGUACGCAGAACGUUACGGAUAAGUUGCAUCAUAUGCGCUCCAUGCUGACGUAUUUGGAAGCAGCGAGGUACAAGAUUGGUGGUGCUCUUGCUGAAGUUGAAGGAGGCAAGAGAGGCAAACAUCCACUGGCUGAACAUAUCCUGGUUUCUAGAGAUAAGCAAGGAUUGCAGCAAAGUGUGCUUAAGGUUCCUUCCUGGGCAAGGAACGAAAGUUUCGAACUCCCAGAAAGCCAAGAUGAGCUCGACGAAGUUUGCCUGGCAAAGGAGCGCGAAACCGAUGCUCGUGAAUGGGCUGAUCGCACCGCCGGGGAUGGAAAUUCCGAAAAUCCACCGGACGAAGAAGACUUCAGCGACUUCGACGAGUUUAGCAGUCAAUCCGAGGACAACAACAACCAGGACAUCGACACCACGGACGUAACCAGCAAAAGUGAAGGCACCGAGCAAUGUAGGGCCAUGUAUCAAUACUCGGCAAACCUGAACGACGAGUUAAGUCUAAAUCCAGGUGAUCUGAUAACGGUCCAUGAGAAACAAGCCGAUGGUUGGUGGAUCGGAGAAUGCAAAGGACGAACCGGUAUAUUUCCAGCCACGUAUGUCCAAGUCAUUCUCUGAAAGGUCAAAUUCGAUUCCCAAUGAUAGCAUUAUACUCUCUCAAACUUGACUUCGAGAAAGAAAGGAAGGUGCAAAACUUAUCGCGGGUCUUUCUCCAUUUUUGAAAACUGCAUGAAGCAGAUAAGUAACAUUGCGGUGUGUAGACGCUCUCGUCAACAACGUCAAUUCGUUUAACUGCCGUGGUCUACUUCGAGGUUAAACAAACUGCCAGAGAGUACCAGACGAAUAAAAUUAAGUAAAUCAACCUGCCAAUUUGUAUUAGGUUUCACCUCAAAUAGCAAGGAGAUAGCAAGUUAUUGAAACAUAGUGUUCAAAUGGCGACUUUAAUGCUUUUACGAAAGAUAUGUAUCCCGUUUUCUUGUUAAUUUGCGAUAUUAAGCAUAUUUGUUAUUCUGGGAGAGUAUAGAGUAAUCACCAGGGUAAGUGAAAGUCACAACCAAAUAUUUCGUACUGUAUAUAACACUAAUGUUAAUGACGACACAAAGUUGUAUAUAAUAACACAGUGGAUAAAAUCCGAUUAUUUAAAUGCUACUUAUAGUAACACUUUGGCAAUAAAUGGCAUUUAUUUACUUA